CCUUCGAUAUUAUUCUAAAUAAAUCCUAACCGUAGUUUAUAAAAUUACACUCGUACUUAUAAAUGCGGAACGAUCGUUAUUCGCUACAACCACAUAUUAACUCAGAAUAGUUUGAACCUUGGGACAAAUUACAUGAAUCGAAAAUUUAACUUUUAAUCCCGUUGAAAGUGAAAUUUAUCGAAACAUCGGUAUUUUAGUUAAAAUUUAUAAAAAUAAGCUUAUAUUUAAGUUUAGGCUUCCGAAGAUUAUUGUGUGUAUAAACCCCAUAGUUAUCAAAAUGGUAUCAAAACUUUCAAAUGACUCGGUGCUUUGGUUCAUGAACGAUCUAACUUCCCGAAUUGUAGCCGAAUCGGGGAUUCCUAGUGACCGCUACCAUCUUGGUAAAAUUAUAUUGCAGAGUUUAAAAGACUACCCGGAUGCUAUUCUGCAGAUAAAUGGAGCAACUGGAGAUUCAGAAACAAACGGUUCAGUUUUAAACAGAACUAUCCUAUGUGCGACCUGCUUGCGAAACUUUGGCCUAGAAAUCGGUGAUGUGAUUGUUCUUAUGGCCCCAAGUGAUUUAGAUCUGGCUAUACCAUUCUAUGCUGCUUUAUUUAUUGGAGUCACUGUAGCACCCGUGGACAGAACAUUGAGUGUUAGAGAGUUGAAAGCAACAUUCGCAGUAUCUGAACCGAAAAUAGUAUUCUGUCUCAGUGAGAAAGCAACAGAGGUCCAACUGGCACUCAAUGAAAUAGAUUCAAGUGCUCAAAUCGUGACAUUCGACACUGGCGACUAUUUGUGCAACUUUGAGGAGUUCCUACAGAAAUAUGGAGAUGAUACAUCACCGUUCGGAAGUUUUAAGGCUACAGACUUCGAUGCAGAAGACACGGGAGCUUUACUGCUAGCAACAAGCGGCACCACUGGAGUACCGAAAGCAGCUGAGGCUACUCAUAAAAACUUCACUACUAGCAUCCCAUAUCUUUGGUCCAGAUCAACUACGUUCCCAGGUCCUACUCGUAUGGCGUUAAUUGGUUCCCCAAUUCAAUGGUUGACAGCUGUGAUGCACUUCCUUGCUUCUCCUAUUUUGAAGUACACUAGACUGCAAUCAUCUUUGCCCUUAACACAGGAGCAUGCGUAUUAUCUUAUAAACACUUACAAGCCCUCUUUCACAGUAAUGAGUCCAACGUUUAUGACAACACUGAUGAGUCCCGACAAACGUGAUGAAUGUGAUUUCACAUGUUUUGAUCUCAUUAUGUUGGGUGGCAGUGCUGUACCACCAGAACUUAUUGAAACAAUUAAAGACGUUUCACCAAGUACUGAAGUUUUCAAUGCUUAUGGAAUGAGCGAGCUGACAGGUUUAGCUUUCCAUAGCGACUAUCCCCCGCCUGGAUCUUCAGGAAAACCCAUGGGCUGCUUUCAAUAUCGGAUUGUAGACAUUGAUACACAAGAAAAUAUCGAAGAACCAAAUGUACCAGGCGAGCUUUGGCUUAAAGGUCCAGCAAUUUUCAAGGGUUAUUAUAAGAAUGAAGAAGCGACUGCAGAGACGUUUGUCGAUGGUUGGUUCAAAACUGGCGACAUGUUUUACCGAGAUGAAAAUUAUAAUUUCUUCUUUUGUGAAAGGAUAAAGUUACUUUUAAAAUAUAAAAGCUAUCAGAUAUCACCAGUGGAAGUAGAAAGCGUCAUACGACAACAUCCAGGGGUUCUAGACGUAGCAGUUACAGGUAUACCCGAUCCGGAAUGUGGUGAUCUGCCCGUAGCAUGUGUGGUCCUUCGAGCUGGAUAUGAUGUCAGCGCGGACGAUAUAAAGGAGUUAGUGCAAGGAACAUUGUCUGAUUCAAAACAGUUAAAAGGUGGUGUAGUAUUUCUAAAUGAAAUACCCAUGACUGCCUCGACGAAAGUCCAUAGAAGAAAACUGAAGGAAAUCGUGAUGGUUGCUGAAAGAUACUAAUGAAAUCUAUUCUUUAAAGAGAUUCUAACUUUAAACAAGCACAGUUACUCAAAUUUCUUAUAAUGUACCAAUUACCAUUGCUUGCUUAGAACACUCGAAUAUUAUAUUAAGUGUGCAUGAGAAUAACGAAAAAAAUUCGAAUCUAUUGUUAUAAAAUAUGUGUCGUCAAUAAUAUUGUAAUUAUAACGAGCCAUUACAUGCGAAUUGCAAUUGGAACAUUAGAACACAGCUAGGAGUUAGUUCCUUUAAAGAUCUAAUAAAUUUUAAUAUUUAGCUAAACUAGAGCGUUAUCAACCUUUACAUUUAAUCACUCAUUGUUUUCAAAAUGAAUCAUUAAUGCUUCUGUUUAUGAUUGUUUAUUGCAUUUCAAAUGUAUCUUAUCUUGUAGUGUUGUAGUUUAUAGUA